AUGCCAACUUUCAAAUUACAGGAGCAGGUAUACCAACGCAUUGGGUCUCUACUGCCUGAGGAGACCUCUACGCCUAAAUUCCUUCAACUGUACUUUAUUGCAGACUACAAACUACAGGCCGAAACCAGGAUUGGUGUUUUGCCGCCGUCGGGAAGAAUUCCUCGCAGCGACGUCAUACUACUACUUCAGGCCAUGAUUCACGAGGUUAACAGCUACAUUCGCAAUUUCAAAUAUGCUUUGAAAAAUGCUCCCUUUACUUCCUUCAUUGUAAUUGAAGUCGACAAACCGCCUCAUGAUGACCACGAACGCCGCUACAAUGCUCCUGCUUGCAACGAAGUCGCCGCUAUUAUACAUGGGAAGGAAGAACGUAAUCGCUAUACUGUCCUCAAUCAAGAAGCGGCGCUCUUUGCAGGAUUUCAGAGACCCAUCGAUCAUAUGACACAUUUCAAUUCCCUUCACUUUUCCCUUGUGGUGAUGAUGGCUACCACUUCGGCAUUCCCCUUCAUACUCCGGGUAGCCAACCUACAACGUCUUCCAAAGCCUUAUCGUGCAAGGCCUUCUACUCAUACUGUUACAUGGUUAGGGAUGGAGACUAACAUACUUCAUAGAUGGAGGGAGCUUUUCCACCAGUUUGUGGUUGACAUGGCCGCUAAGAUGGAAUCAGAGUGGCUUUGUUUUAUACGGAAUCAUCAGAAACAGCUGCGGUCAGACUCCUACGUACACUUACGAGACAGCCUUCGAAAUGAAGUCAAUCCCCGCGACCUAUGGAAGCUGUGUAUUCUGCCCUCUACCUACACUGGGGGCCGCGUUACAUGCAUGAACGCACGCAGGACGCUAUGA